AUGGAACCCCUUUCAAACGAAUCCCCAACCGGCACACACAUCGAGACAUCGCCUUCACCUCAGAUCGAACACGAGACAGGAAGACCGAGAGUGAGAUUCAACAGUUCUGCCAAUGCUGAAAUCCCUCCCCCAGAGUCAGACAUCCUCAAUCGUGUCAGUGAGUCAGAAUCUGCACCAGUCACCGAGGAUCGAUACACAGCCAACGCCGGAGAGUUAUUGAAUGCACACGACGCUGCCUACGCCGAUUUUGAAGACUUGUCGACAGAACCAGCGGACGAGACGUAUGACAAUUCGGAGAGCUAUUCGGUGACCAGCAACGUUCGGGGUGGUGUAUUCUACCAUCUCCUUCAAGCCUAUAAGAUACCUGUACCUACACUCCAGAGGCCAACAUCAGCAUUGAAUACGAGCGCGCCAACCUCCAGGCCCGGAUCGUCCUCAGGAGCUGCUACACCGUCGCGUCGAAAAUGGUAUGAGCAAGAGAAGGCGGCCCAGUCGCGCGAGACAUUGGCUACACUCAUCGGGGCAUCUGCUAAGCUUGCCAAUCCGAACGAGAAGAAAGAACACGUCACAGAUCAACGCCAUCAUAAGCGAACUAGCAGUGGCGGUCUUCUCACAAAGGUGUGGAAGGCCAAAGAGGACAAAGACGCGAAGAUUAAGAUCCAUGUUGCAAACAUCCUCAAACGACAACAGUACAUCAUCAGAAUGUGCCGUGCGCUGAUGCUGUUCGGCGCACCCACUCAUCGUCUCGAAGAGUAUCUCGCCACUACAGCCACGGUCCUCGAGAUCAAUAGCCAAUUUCUCUACAUCCCUGGCUGCAUGAUAAUUUCGUUCGACGAUCUAUAUACUCACACCACUGAAGUCAAAAUCGUACGCACCGCGCAAGGUGUCAAUCUCGGCAAGCUCAAAGAUACACACGACGUCUACAAAGAGGUCUUACACGACGUCAUCAGCCUGGACGACGCGCUCGCUCGGUUGGAUGAGUUGAUCCACGCAAAAGACCGCCAUCCUGUCUGGCUAUGCGUCCUCAUGUACGGUCUCGCCAGUGCGGCCGUUUCUGUCUUUUUCAACGCCCGCCUGAUCGAUAUGCCUAUCAUAUUUGCCCUCGGAUGCAUGCUUGGUUUGAUGCAGCUUGUUCUUGCUCCUAUAUCGAAGACAUACAGCACUGUUUUCGAGAUCACCGCAACGAUUCUUAUGAGCUUCCUUGCACGUGCCUUUGGAAGCAUUAAUGGAGGAAGCCUCUUCUGCUUCUCCGCUAUAGCACAAAGUGCAAUUGCCCUGAUUCUCCCCGGAUGGCUUGUACUUAGUUCUGCUCUGGAGCUGCAAUCUCGUGCUAUUGUUCCAGGGUCAAUCCGACUGGUGUUCGCCAUCAUCUAUUCGCUUUUCCUUGGCUACGGCAUCACAGUCGGAACAGCCAUAUAUGGAGCUAUCGAUCCAAAUGCCACCAACGAAACAACCUGCCGAGCUCCCAUGAACCCAUACUGGAAUUUCCUUUUUGUCCCCUUCUACGUUUUCUUCACGACCUUCACUGUACAAGCUAAGUACAAACAGAUGCCUGCCAUGAUAGCGAUUGCCUUCGCAGGAUAUGUUGUCAAUUUCUACGCAAAUAAGAAGUUCUCAUCUAGUGCUCCGAUUGCCUACACAUUGGGGGCGUUCACUAUCGGUGUCCUCGCAAACUUGUACAGCCGAUUACGCCACGGCGUUGCUGCGGCUGUUCUCUUGCCGGCUGUCUAUGUUCAGGUACCCGGCAGUCUUGCAUCAAGUGGUAGCAUCAAUUCUGCUCUCAAAACUGCGGCCGCACUUGUUAAAGGCUCUACAGCAGCAGAUGCAUCUACCGACAGUCUGAACGCAAUUGUUUUCAACGUUGCAGCCUCCAUGGUUCAGAUAGCCAUCGGAAUUACCGUUGGCUUGUUCAUGGCAGCACUCCUCGUUUAUCCUCUGGGUAAACGGCGCAGUGGCUUGUGGACACUCUAG